AUGAGCGUGCCAACAUAUAUGGGCGUCAGCGGCAAGUCCCUCGCCAUCCUCCAGAUCGCCGCCAUCGUCGCCCCCUCCUUCGUCCUCUUCGGUUACAACCAAGCUGGCAUCGGCGGUCUCCUCUCCGAAGAAGACUGGGUCAAGACGUUCCCCGAGAUCGACACCGUCAACUCCACCGGCGCUGACAAGAGCUCCAAAUCUACCCUCCAGGGCUUCGUCGUCGCGACCUUUGUCAUCGGUGCCCUGAUCGGUUCGCUGAGUUGCUCGUAUACGGGUGAUAAGUUUGGACGCAGGAAUGUCAUCUUUGUUGCGGCGAUUUGCUCCUUGAUUGGAGAGAUCCUCGAGGCUUCGUCUUUUGGACUUGCGCAGUUCAUUGUUGGACGGGUUAUUAUUGGUCUGGGUAUUGGACAGUUGAGUUCCAUUGUGCCGGUUUGGCAGAGUGAGACGUCGGCGGCUGUGAACCGCGGUCGGCAGGUUGUCUUGACGGGCCUUUUCAUCUGUCUUGGUUACGUUCUUGAGUCGUGGAUCAACCUUGGUUUCUUCGAGUUUCACCAUGGUCCUGUUACAUGGAGACCCCCGAUCGCCAUCGCCAUUGCCUUUUCCCUCAUCCUCAUAGCCAGCAUUUACUUCUUCCCCGAGAGUCCUCGAUGGCUCGUUCUCAAGAACCGAUCUGAAGAAGCUCGUUACGCCGUCGCUGCUCUCCGGGGUCUUCCCAUUGACUCCACUGAGGUUCUCGCUGAAGUUGCUGGCAUUGAGCACUCCCUCGAAGAAACUUCCGAUAAUGCUGCUCGUCUGGGUGAUAUGCUCAAGAUGGGUGAGGAUAAGCUCCUGUACCGCUUCAUCCUCUGCAUCCUCCUUCAGUUCUACCAGCAGAUGAGUGGUUCCAAUCUGGUCAGCGUCUACGCCAACGUUCUCUUCCAGAAGAACCUGGGCAUGAGCGCCGAGACUGCCAAGAUUCUCACUGGAGGAGCUCUCACUUGGAAGUUCCUUGCUUCUUUCAUCGCUUUCUUCACCAUCGAUCGUUUCGGUCGUCGCGCCGUCUUCAUGAUCAGUGGUGCUGGCAUGUCAGCCUGUAUGAUCGCCCUCGCUAUCACCACCUCCUUCGGCAGCGAGAACAAGCCUGCCAUGAUUGCUGCCGGUUGCUUCAUUUACCUUUAUAACACCUUUGUUCCCAUCGGUUUCCUGGGCGCCAACUUCUUGUACUGUACUGAGGUUGCUCCCAUCCGCCUCCGAAUGGCCAUGUCUUCCAUCUCGACCGGUAACCACUGGCUCUGGAACUUCAUCGUCGUCAUGGUCACCCCCGUCGCUCUCGAGAGUAUCGGCUGGCAGUACUACAUCGUGUACGCCGUCAUCGCCGCAUGCGUUCCCAUCUCGGUCUUCUUGUUCUUCCCCGAAACCAUGGGUCGCAACCUCGAAGAGAUCGAGCUCAUCUUCAAGGAAUCGCCCUCCGUGUUCUCAACGGUCAAGUUCGCAAAGACUCGACCUCGCAACACUCCUCAGCAAUUCCUCGCAAGCAAGGAAAAGGCCGAUCACCUGGAGCAAAGCGAAGACUAA